CAGGUUAUUUGGUACAAAAUGUGCCAAAUGUGGUCUUGGGUUUAGUCGGAACGAUUUUGUAAUGCGUGCCAAAAGUAAAAUCUACCAUAUUGACUGUUUUCGGUGCGUUGCAUGCAGCCGUCAGCUGAUUCCAGGAGAUGAGUUUGCACUGAGGGAAGACGGACUUUUCUGCAAGUCGGAUCACGAUGUUGUCGAGAGAGCAUCUUCCGUGAACCAAAACGGAAAUUCAGGUGGUGUAACAGAUGCCAAUGGCAACACAACUACAAGCAACAAUAACUUGCAUUCCAAUGGGAGUUCUAACAGUAGCGGAGAAGGACGAAUGGGUCAGGGACUACAGAUGGCUGGACGAGCCGAACAGAUGUCAAGCAACAGAACCGGUGGAAUGCGACCACAUGUUCACAAGACAGAGCAGAAAACUACACGCGUUCGAACAGUCCUAAACGAAAAGCAACUCCACACACUGCGCACCUGUUACAAUGCCAACCCACGGCCGGACGCUCUAAUGAAGGAACAACUAGUCGAAAUGACUGGCCUCAGUCCCCGGGUUAUACGCGUUUGGUUCCAGAACAAGCGAUGUAAAGAUAAAAAAAAGAAUUUACUAAUGAAGCAAAUGCAACAACAACAGGAAAAGAACGGUAACCGUCUACAAGGUCCGCUACAGGGAGUACCCAUGGUUGCGUCGAGUCCUGUUCGUCACGAGAGUCCAAUGCAAGCAAACCCAGUGGAAGUGCAGAGUUACCAGCCGGCGUGGAAGGCCCUCACGGAAUUCACGCUUCAAAACGACCUUGACCAUCCACCUUUCCAACAACUGGUGAGCAACUUUCUAGCAGAUGAUGAUGAUGAUGGUGAUACGGUUGUGUAUAUUGAAGAGCAGAGAUAAAAGCUAACGGUAAUUGUCCUUCGUCUUUCGGCUCGCUGUUACUACAACUGCCCGACAUCCAACAUGGUGAAGGUGGAGUUGGAGUUGUGCUGUUGACUGGGACCAACCAAACCGACUAGGACAUUUACCCCACAAUCUUAACACAUUUUACACACACAUAAUUAUUUAUAUAUAUAUAUAUAUGUAUAUAUAUAUAUAUACACACACACACAUAUGUACACAAACACACACACAGACACACACAGUCAUUAUCUUACCAUAUGACGAAUACAUAUACACAUACAUGCAUAUUCGUGGAACUCGAAGUUGAUAAGCUAAAAUAACAGCAUGUAUACAUUACGUUUUAAAACCCUUUCGAUA